AUGGGUUAUUGUGAAACAAUAGUCGUUUCAUCACCAGAAAUAGCUAAAACUGUACUACAAAAAUAUGAUCCAUCCUUCUGUGGCAGUACCGUCCCCGUGACCCUUGAAUCCCUCGAGCAUGACAAGUUCUCUUUGCCGUUUUUGCCGGGUGAUAAUCAAUGGCGUAAAUUUCGCAAAAUAUUGAAGGAACAGAUGUUUUCACUGCAAAGGCUUGACGCAAGCCAGGGCAUUCGACGAGAAAAAUUGCAGAAACUAUGCGACUAUGUGAAUCAAUGUUGUGUUAAUGGUCAUGUAGUGGAUAUAGCUGAGGUUACAUUUACGACCUCACUUAACAUGAUAUCGUCCUCUCUUUUGUCAGUUGAUUUUGUCGACUUCAAUUUUGAUUCCUCUCGAGAAUUUAAGGAUGUUAUCUGGAAUGUAAGUAAAUGUAUUGGCAGUCCUAAUAUUGCAGAUUACUUUCCAGUUCUUAAAUAUACAUAUAUAUCCACAAGGAAUCUCAAGCCGAACCAAUUUUUAUUUCAGAAUGUUAUACGCAAUUCUUGA